AUGUCGACCGAGACCGUGACCAUGCAAAGCACCAAGGUGAAUGGGAAUACUUCUCUCCCGUCAGAGUGGUACCGUUCGCCUGCUCUCUACGAGCUCGAGAGGCGGGCCAUUUUCUCCAAGGAGUGGUUGCUGACGACACACAAAUGCCGCUUCCAAAAGCCCGGCGACUACCACAAGUUUGAGAUCGCUGGGUUUCCGUUCUUCCUGAUCAUGGAUCGUCAACACAACAUCAACGGCUUCCACAAUGUCUGUCGACAUCGCGGUUAUCCUGUCAUUCGACCUGAAGCUCCCACGAGCGGAACCAAAAGUAUCAUUGCGUGCUACUAUCAUGGAUGGUCGUACGGAUUGAAUGGGAAACUCGCCAAAGCGCCCAAAUUCGACGGUGUCGAGGAUUUCGAGAAGGAACAGAACGGCCUGUUCCCCAUUCAUGUCAGGAUCGACGGCCGAGGCAUUAUCUGGGUCAAUCUCGAGGCUUCGGAAGUACCCUCCAUUCCGUGGGAAAUGCGCCUACAAGGCAGCGACCGGCGUUCUCGCCUGGCCAUCUUCAACAUGGAUGACUAUGUGUAUGACCACAGCUGGACCAUCGAAGGCAGAUACAACUGGAAGGCGGCGGCCGACAACUACAACGAGUGCUAUCACUGUCCCACGACCCAUCCCGGGUUUGUGGAGACGACCAAUUUGGACAAAUAUCGAUUCGAACAGGAGGGCGCAGAACUACAAUACUUCAUGGAAGAUCUGCCAGGGAAGACCAACCGCGACUUCACCCCCAGCUGGUUCUAUCCCAACGGAGCGUUGAAUAUUGCUGCUCCGUUCUGGUAUCUCCUGCGCUCAUGCCCCACGAGUGCGACGACAGUCCUUAACGAGUAUGAGGUGUUCCGCCACAAGGAUGCCACGGAUGCCGAGUUUGAAGAGAUGGACAAAUUCUUCAAACAGGUCGAGGGCGAAGACAAGGAGUUGUGCAACGCUGUGCAAGUCAACCUCAACGUAGGCAGCUACUCCACCGGUCAACUGCAGCCAGACGGCGAAAGUGGCGUUCUUUGCUUCCAGCAGCUGGUCCGGGAAGCCGUCACCGCACACCGGAAGCUUGAAAUACAGGCUGGCAAGGAAGUGUGGCCCACACGGCCCUUGACUGCUGGUGGCGAGACCGACGACAUCAAGUUCUGUCACGACUUGGGAGGUUGUGCAGCCUUGCAAGAGUCGGGCACAUGGUGA